AAUUCACAACAACACUUAAAGGAGUGCAAAACAGGGUCGUCCACAUUAUUCGUAUCUAGGAGGGUCCACACGAUUAUAUACGUGUUUUUCAGUCACUUAGUUGGCAAAGACCAGAAGAUCAACUUAUUAUAUCGACCUCCCUUAACGAAAUUAGAUAAGUGUGUUAAAAAGUGUGUGCGGUAACUAUCUCUGAAACACUAAAUUGAGGCUAUAACGGACAAAACUAUACCAAUCCUGGGUACAAUAAAAAAAAUGUUCUCACCAACCUAGGCAACAAAACAACUGAUAUGAACAGCUUCAUAGAGCCACACCUGAGAUCCUUGUUAACAUGCACUUAAGGCCUGCUUUAUUAAAAAAUAUGUGAACUGAUUGGAAAUAAACAGUGUUACAACUAUAGCACAAGAAACAAUCUGUUAAGAAAUGCAUACGCAAGGACCAAAAAGAAACAAGCCUCGCCAAUAUACAGAAGCAUUUAAGUUUUUAAUAAAAUACCACUGUAUUAAAGCCCACUACUAAGACAAUGUGUCAUAACCUUAAAGACUUUAUAAGAAAAAAAUGCAAUGUAAAUUUAUAUCAACAAAAUACAAUGUUUAUUUUUGGUUAGAGCUUUGAAAUAAAUUGUAAAAAAAAAAUAAGUGUGGACCCUCUUUAACAAUUCGCAAAAAGGCCACUGCGCAAGUCGUAGAAUAGGAAAAGUACACCUUUCCAUCUGUCAAAUGUCAACGCGACAUCGCAAUAUGGCGGCACCCCGAGCUGCCGUAUUCGGCGAACGAUGUUUUUCCCAUCAAAUUCAAAGAACCCGUUAAAAUUUUUAUACCCGAAAUGCCACCGAGCCCCACGUCGAGCGAUGACGAUGACGACGACUUUGUCGACUCGGUCAUUUUUCGACCGUUUCAGCUCGCGUUCGCGCGAAAACGGGGCCCCAACUACUGGCCGGCCGCCGUGAUGGGCCCCGCGCUUCUCAUCGAAGGCGUCCGCGUCUAUUUCUUUCGCAGCAAGGACGUGGGGGACGUCGCUUGGUCCGAUGUCUUCGGCGAUGUCGCGGCCCUGCUGCACCGCGAGGUGAGCUUCAGGAAGGGCGGCGCCGUCAAACGGGGCACCGUCACCGACAUUUUAGCGCACGAAACCGCCCCGGCCCCCCUAUUCGUCGUCCAAUCUCACGGCGUUACCCACGCCGUGUCUUACUUUAACGUGUUCUUGACCGCGAAACAAAUAGCAAAUACACUCUAA